AUUUUUAAAUAGACAUGAAAUUAAUUAAAUAUUUAAAAAAGUUUAGUGAAAAAUGAAAUAUACAUUUAUUUUAAAUAAUUACGAAAUUAAUUAAAUAUUUAAAAGGUUUCUUUUAAUGAAAUGAAGUAUAUAUUUAUAUUGUAAAUAAAAGAUAUGAAAAGAUUUUAUUCAUAUACAAUUUAAGAGAAAAUAUAGGCUCUGUUUGAUUUUUUUGUUUUAGAAUAAUUCAAAUAAUUCAUAUAUUUUUACAAAAAAUAAUUUUAAUAACUUUUUAAAGGGUGGUCCAAAUAAAAAAAAAUCACAUAUGAAUUAAGUCAUGAUUUAUAUUUUAAUAGUAUAGAUUACAACUCAUUUAGUUGAAAAAAACUCUUCUGCAGUUUUAUUUGCAAGAGAAAUCCCUGGAAAUUCACUUAAUUAACACACUUAUUAACCUUUUAUUUUAUGAAUAAAAUAAAAUAAAACAAGAAUUAAAAAACAACAAAAUUCCUAAACAAUCCCGCGCGUGGUCGUCCUUUUACUCAGGUGGGCUUCUAUCCGGCCAUAAGCCCACUAAAGCACAGGUUAAACUGGUUAAAUAACAAAGUCAAUAUAGAAGUUGAUCAAAAAAAAAAAAAAAAGUCAAUAUAGAAGAAGAUAAACGAGUAUCUUGUUGCGGAUUUUCCCAUAUUUUUCGGGAACUAAUAACAAAGUCACUAUUAUUCGACUUUUUACUAUUCCAUUUAAUCUUAUCAAACAGAGAGAGUAACACACAAAAUGAAGAGAAGAAAAAGAAAGCAGCAACGACGUUCUUCCUCAUUCACCCCCGCGAGCUCCUUCGAUCGUCCUCAAUUCAAAAAGGUAAGAGCCUUAGACGCAAUGGCUGCUUUCCCCAAUCUCAACUCUGAUGCUGGACUGAAGAAGCUAGACGAGCAUCUUCUCACUCGUUAUUACAUCACAAGUCACAAGGCUUCAAAAGAUGAUAUCACUAUCUAUGCGGCUCUUUCAAAAUCUCCACCUUCAAAGUAUGUGAAUGCAUCACGUUGGUACGACCACAUUGAAACUCUCUUGAGUAUCUCAGGUAUCUCUUCUGAAGGAAGUGGUGUUACUAUUGACGGAUCAGCCUCUAUCACAGAAGAGGCUGAUGGUAAUUCUAAGGAUGGUGUAGUUGUUAUUGAUGAUGAUGAUAAUGAUCAAGAUGUUGACCUUAUCGGGGAAGAGGCUGAAGAGAGACCAGCUUCUUUAAUAGCAUCCACUAAAAAGAAAAUAUCUUGGGAGUCGAUUGUAAUAGUUGUCAUGCCGGAGGAUGAUGAGACCGACAUGAAUAAGCUAGAGGAACAAGUAAGAUCCAUUCAAAUGGAAGGACUAGUUUGGGGAGCAUCAAAAGUUGUCUCAGUUGGUUAUGGAGUCAAGUUGUUGCGGAUCAUAGGCACAGUGCCCCUUGAUGAGGAAAUUUAUGUUUUUGACGGCAUUGUCGAAACACAUAUAAUGUCUUUUGGGCGUGUCAAUGUUGCGACUAGCGGCUUGUACGAAUUUUCAGCUCUAAUUCUUAUCCAACCGAAUGAAGAUGAGGCCGACAUGAAGAAGCUAGAGGAAACUGUCAGAUCCAUUCAUGUGGCAGGAUUGUUUUGGGGAGCAUCAAAGCUUGUCCCCGUUGGUUGUGGAAUCAAGUUGUUGGGGAUUGAGUGCACCACCGUCGGACACCUUGUGCAUCUUCGACGCAUUGUGACGCUCAACACCUUUGUCAAAGAGAAAAUAGCUGAUAAUCCGUAUGUCAAGAGCUGUCAAACUCUCUGCUUAAACAGAAUAUUUAAUGGAAUCAAAGAAGAGGAAUCUGAUUCUAAGGAUGAUGUUGACCUUUUUGGGGAAGAGAGAGCAGGUCCUUCGAGAGUAUCCUCAAAGAGUAAAGAGUCUUGCAAGUCAGGCUUAGUGCUUAAACGGCUGUUGGGUGACAAGCCUGACAUAAAGAAGUUAGAGGAGUCUGUAAGAUCCCUUCAGACAGAAGGAGUGGUUUGGGGGGCAUGUAAGUUGAUGGAUCUCUUACAUUACAUCGUCAAUAACUUUUUUUUAAUCUCAUCUUUUAUCUCUAUUUUUAUAGCAACGAUUGUCAAACUUGGCUACGGAUUCAAGUAUUUGCGGAUCAUAUUCACCAUUGUGGACGACCUUGUGUGUUUCAAAACUGUUCUCCAAAAAACUGGCGGCAUUCAUUUGAAGAGAAUAUGUAAGUACCUAAAAUCCAUAUUGUUAACUUCUCAGAAUCUGUGAUAUAUAUAUAUAUUAAUUCCAAAGAUGGUUUGUUUUGUACUAAAUAUUGACUUGAAUGAUAAUGCAUAGGAUUGGGAUAAUAAAACUCCAAGGGAAGGUUUAAUAAAGGUAGUGUCUAUUGACUGCUUUUGGUUCUGUAAUGUGAAAUUAUGUUGCUAUCUCAUAACAAUAUGUAUAUUUUAUCAUCAUCUCUCCAACACAGAUUCCAAGUGAUAUCAUCACGAAGCUCUUUCAAAUCUUAUUCAUUAACUGCUCGUAGCAUACGUUGAUUGGCUUUGCUUGGCUCUUUGUUUUCCCUAAUCUGGAAAGUCAAGUCAAGCACUUCUAAUAACGCCAUAUCUUCCUCGUGUCUAGCUCUCUCGAUUCUCUUUGCUCUUCUUCAACUUAUCAACCUCUGCCAUCUUCUCCAUACAUGACUUCUCCUCUUCGCUUUCACGUAAUAUUUUUUUCAGACUUCUUCCACCACACAAAUCUAUUAGUGGAAACUUCUUCCCUGUUGAAUUUUGUGGCUGAAAUUGAUUUCAGAAUAUCAGGUGUGUUACAAAAGGAAAAGGUAAUAAUUAAGUUCCAAAUUAAACUGAUUUCCUUUUCUAAAAUAACAUUAGCCUUUUGUAUUUAAUUAUUUAAUGUUCAAAUAAAGUCGUCCAAAAAAAUAAUUGAAUAGUAAUGCAUCCCACAUCGGAAACUUUAAAGUAAAUACUGUGGUAUAUAAGAAAAGGCAAAUUAAUGCAUUAGCAACCAGUUGGCUUUGAGGUGGAAAGCACAUGAGUCUUAAUGUGUUAAUCAUAUAACACCCAUAACCCAAUAGGGUUUGCUCAUAAAUUGGCAGCUGGGAAUAUAUAUAUGAUAAUACACACCAUCACAAGAUCAUGCGACUCGAAAGAGCCAUCGUCUCCAACAUUAAAGAUUCAUAUGAAGCCAAAGCCAACUGGUUUUUUGAUAUAAUCUUGUUACCUUAUCCAAUACUCGUACCACAUAACCCAAGUGAUAAUACACAAUACAUACUUCCUUCGAGACCCUAAUAAAAAUGAGAAAAAUCAGUCACAUGAACACAAUUGAAUCUCAUCGUUAUAGCCUGAUGCUCGAAGGAACUCUACAAAGUUCAGAAACGAUCGAGUCUGUUUCAGACGGAAGUUUUAUCAAAUCAGAGCCAAACGAAAAAUGUCCUUAGCUUCUGUCUCGAAUCGAUCCCUGAUCCAAGUAAUUGUGUAUUGUCCUUACUUUCCUUUUACGAGUUGUGAAUAAAUACAGUUGGACUGUCUCGUGUACAUGGAUCAUGAAAGGUUCUAAAAUUUGAUUGUUCGACUUAUUUAAUAUGCUUUUUUUCUCAGUUUCAGUUCCACAUGCAAUAGUUGGUAACUGAGUUGAAUCUUGGCUUUGAAUCAUAAGGAAUGAUAGAAAAAGCUGUAAAGAGUUUCUGUUUGACUCUUUUGGUAGAAUAUGUUAACAUGGUUGAAGUACUUUGGUUUCCUUGGCAUGUUAAACUUGUAUCCUUGAAUUACUUUUGGAGGUGGGUUAUUGUGAUCAUAGUGCGUUUGGGUAUAUAUACUGACUCCACUCCACUCUUGAAGUACUUUAGUUUCCAAUAGUUUUUUCCGGAUUGGUUUCUUCUUCAUGAUCAUCAUCACACAUGAGCUCCGACGAUAAAGAACCAACCACCUCCUCUGCCCAACAUUAGCAUCUGAAAGAUUCAUAGCGUAUAUCUAACUCUCUGAAACUUGCUCGAGGUGAUGUGUUUUGAACUAGAAGAAACUUACAUAUUCCAAAACGAAAAAGUAAUAAUUAAUUUCCCCAAAUUAAACUGAUUUUCUUAUUUUCUAAACUAAAAGUUACCUUUUGUAUUUAAUCGUUUAAUAAUAUGUGGGCUAAUUAAUCUAAAAGUAACAAAUAACAAUGAAUGAAACCCACAUCGGAGACAUUAAAGUAACUAGCGUGGUAUAUAAGAAAGAGCAAGUUAUUUGAAAAAAUUACCAGUUGGCUUUGAGGUAGUUAGCUCAUGAGUCUUCCUAUGUUAUCAUAUAACCCUUGACCCACUAGGGUACGUUCAACUGACAGUUUGGGGGGGAAUACAUAUAUGAUAUACAUACACUAACACACGGUGAUGCGACUCGAAAGAGCUAUCGUCUCUAACAUUAAAGAUUCAUGAGCCAAAGCCAACUGAUUUUCUUACCUUAUGAAUAAUGGAUUAGCUCAAAAGUCCAAAGAGAAAAAUCGCACAUGAAUUCUGAGAUUGAUUGAAAUAUAAACGUCGUAUAAUUUCUAAAAUUUGAUUUCUGGACUUGCAUACUUUUAGUUUUCUUUUAUUUCAGUUUUCAACUUCCAAAAUAUCAGUGCUAUCUAUUUCUAUCUCCCUGUCUCACUACACAAUACUCGUAGUCUCGUACCGUAGAACCCUAAUAAAAAUGUGAAAAUCAAUGGGGUCAACAGUCAGCAUAAUUGAAAUGCAUAGCUAUGGCCUGAUGUUUGAAGGAACCCUAAAAAGUUCAGAAACGAACGUCUCUGUGUCAAACGAAGAUGUUUAGUGGAAUCAGGCCAAGGGAAACAUGUCCUUAUAGCUUCUGUCUCAAAUCAAUCGUGAUCCAAGUAAUUGUGUAUUGUUCUUUUUUUUUCUUUUUUUUUUUGAUCAAAAUUUGUGUAUUGUUCAUGAUUCAUUUAAAUGUCUAGAAUUAGGCCUGGCAUUCGGUGGUCCAGUCGGGUUUCGGUUUGGGUCCAUUCGGGUGUCGGGUUGUCGGGUUUACGAAAAUCAGACCCAUUCGGUUAUUAUAAAAGUUCGGUCCGGUAUCGGUUCGGUUUUCGUCGGGUUCGGUUCGGAUUUUAUAACUGUGUCGAAAACCAAUAGAAACCAAAAUAUGUAUGGAUUUCGGUUCUUAAUCGGUUAUUCGGUUACGGAUGCACUAAUUUGAAUUUGGGUUGCCUAAUUUUUGAGCGGUUAAAGUUGAUUUGGUGCACGGUUAAACUUGAUACAAAUCAAACCAACGUUGAUUCAAACUCUAAAAGACCUCUGCUUUACAUUUGGAACUCAUCACGACCUAUGCCCAAAACUAAGACACAAAGUCACAAAUGACAACAUACCAAAGACAUAUUCAAACUCGAGACAACUGAAAGGCAAAGCCAAAGAUGAAAGCAACAUUAAAACUUUAUUAAGAUAGAUGUGAUACAAAGAUCACCAUUAUUCAAAUGAAAAACCAAAACAAAAAUCACCAUUAUCCAAGUGAUAGCCAAAAGAAAGCAACAUAGAUCAAUAAAUAAAUAAAA